CACAUUGCUGACGUGUUCGAAAAUUGCAUAUCUGACAGGUCAGUGGGUUGCUUAAGAAUCAAUCUACACAUCUAAACACUUUAGACAACUCACUUCCCCACCUUCUGCAUCGUGCUUUGAUCGAGUUAGCGAUGAAUAAACUUAUUUUAUGGAUGACUGUAUUUGGCAUUUGCAUCAAAAGGUAGGCUCUUAUCUUUUCUAGGUGUCAAGUUUGAGUAAUACAUCUUGUGAAACAUGACAAUUCGAGUCACUUCCAGUUAAGCUAACUGUUUGUGGUGCUACUAUGGUCUAGGGUGUGUGUGGUAAGUGCAAGAUGUAACCAAUGGUAAUGUUUUAAAGGAACACAUUUUCAAAGAUUGAACCAUGUGUAUUUACCUAUUCUUAAAAUCCACUACAUCAGAGCUUUUCAAAUAAAUAAAAUCUAUUUUGAUAAUUUAAUUUAUUAACUUUAAUUUGCUUUUAAAGUACAUUAUCGUUCAGUGAAGAAAACGUAUGGUCUGUUUUGGCGAGAUGGUUUAUCUAUUUCAAGCUAUAAACGAAGACGGACAAUCACAGUGAAAGUAUCUAUGUUCUGAAUAUAACAAUUCAUUUUUCUGUAGAUAAUUUUCUUUUUGUGAUGUGAAAUAAUAAUAAAGUUUAUUUCAAAAACACGCUUCAUCCCCAAAGGCUCGAAGCUCGGUACAAAGUAAUACAAUUUAUCACAUUUAAAACAAACGCAACACUACAAAAACUAAUUACAAGCAAGCAAGCAAAUAGACCUAAUUAUACUUUUGAAUCCCAUAAAGCUUUUGUUCAUGUUUUUUUUUUUUUUUUUUUUUUUUUUUUUUUGCAAAUCGAGCUGAAACUUGGCCCACAGACUUGUUACCGAUAACAAUAAAAUCAUUCCAAUUCUCAACCCUACCUCUACCCCUACAACCCCCCCCCUCCCCAACCAACCAAACUUUACAAAAAUCAGUUCUAACGCUACCAGAUGCCACUGAUUUCACCAAAUAAAAUCCCUGAUACCCGCGGUGAAUUAGAUCCUUGAAAAUACAGCAAUAGCGUUAGGCGCGUAAUAUUUUCUUUUUGAUUUACUGCUUUACUGGUGAAAUUAAUCUGAGUUAUGAAAGCGGGUGGGACAUUAGAAUAUUAAUUUAGUUCAGAGGCGUAAAAAAUAAUAGUGCAGUUGAGAGCCUUGCAAAAGGGGGGGGGGUGGGGGGACGGGGGACUAAUUGGGUUUAUUUUAAAGUACCUUAUGUGGAUGCAUGUUUUUGUCAAAUUUUUUUGCCCCACCUCCAACCACCAAAUAAUUAAACUAACUUCGCUUUUCUUCCUGUUUUUUCUUUCUGGCAAAAUCUUUGAGGGGGGGGGGUGAGGAAUAGGGGCUACUUGACACACUUUCCGUCAUCCUAUCAAGAUGAAACUUUGCACAUGGAUUUGAUGCCGAUGACAACACAUUUUAUGAAAUUUUCAGCCCCACCCUCACAAAAUCAGCUUCCCCUGUUUUUUUAAAGAUAAAGAUGAAGGAAAUAGGACGCAAUAAUUUCUUAAGAACUGUUGCUAUCGCAGAGUCACACAAAAAAUGCAUAUAAAAUUAAAACGAAAAUUUUUUUUUUUAGGGACUGUAUAAUUUUGGCCAAAGCUUUAAAGGGUGCUCUCAAAUUAAGGGCUGUUCUAAAACAACAUACAAAGACGAAAAAAGUAGCAUGAUUUAUUUUUAGCAAUAUUCUAAAACAAUUUUUUUCCCUCAAAAAAUGGUAUAAAGAUUCUGACUUGAUAGUUCUUAAGUAAUGUAUGAUAUUAAGAAUAAUUUUUAUAAAUGAUAAUAUACUCAUGACAAUGCUAUAUUUGUUAUAUAAAAAUCAUUAAGCUAAAAAAAAAAAUUAUUUUUAAUCAUAUUAACUUAAAUGAAAAUAUAUAUUUUUCAGAGACUGUAAAGAAUUUUUUUUUUUAAUUCUUGCUCUCAUUAUUAAUAAUUAAUAUUUCCUACAUAGUUCCCAAUCGCUUGAUUUAUUGAAGGCACUAACAGAUGUUGAAGAAAUUCUGAAAGAGAACACCACUGAAGCCGAAAACGAAAUGUUGAAUACAAUCAAAGACGUUGUAGAAUCUGUUAAAGAAAACACCGCUAUAGCGGAAAGAGAAUUUGUUAAAGAACUCAGUGAAGUCGGAGGGAUUGUUAAAGAGAGCGCCAUCAAAGCGGAAACAGAAAUAGUUGAUGAUUUCAAUAAAGUCGGAGAGGUUGUUAAAGAAAAUGCCCUUGAAGCGGAAUUUUUUUUUGUCACAGUGCUUAAUGAAGCCGGAGAAAUUGUUAAAGAAAAUGCCAUUGAAGCGGAAAAAGAAUUUGUCAAAGAGCUGAAUGAAGUCGGAGAAAUUGUUAAAGAAAAUGCCAUUGAAGCGGAAACAGAAAUGGUUCAAGAUUUUAAUAAAUUCGGAGAGACUAUCAAAGAAAAUGCCAUCAAAGCAGAAACAGAAUUUGUUAAAGAACUCAAUGCGGUCGGAGAAAUUGUUAAAGAAAAUGCCAUUGAAGCGGAAACAGAAAUGAUUGAAGAUAUCAAUAACGUCGAAGAAAUCGUUAAAGAAAAUGCUAUCAAAGCGGAAAAAGAAUUGGUUAAAGAGCUCAAUUAUGUCGGUGAAAUUGUGAAAGAAAACGCAAUAAAAGCCAAAGAAGAUAUUGAAGAAUUCAUGAAAGGUAACAUUAAUUUUCCCUGCAUGCAAAAAUAAAUAGAAUUUUAGCCUAGAAAACAACUUUUAAUAAUUUUUCAUUUGCAUUUUCUUCUUGCAGGCGUGUUUGCUGAUUAUUUAGUAAGUUUAGUGUUUUGUUUGUUUUUUUAAUAAAACUAAGACAAGGUUUGAUUUAACUUCGUUACACGCUUUUUUGUCUCAGUAAAAUGUUGUUAUCCAUUUUAAUCAGCUUCUUCUUCUAAAACGACUUUCUGGUAUUUCACACGUGCGUGUUUUCAAUGAGAAUUCCGUUUUUGGGAGUGUUCUUUGUCGCUUUCUUUGUAGCACAUAAUAUAGGAAGGCAUGUCUUCCCUUAAGCGUGGCUUAAAAAAAAACCCUUGUAGUCAGUCAUGUAAGAAGUCCACGAAGCGAAUUGCCCUAACGCAUGUGCUGCGGUGCUCGUAAAUUCUCUUGAUAUGAUGAAUUGAAUUUUUUAUAUCUUCUUCUAUAUUUUGAAGGCCCACGAUCAAUGAAUUGAUCAUUAUGGCUCCUAUGUUUCAGAGGGGUUUGAGAUGUAACUUUGCAUGGUUUUGAAAGGGAUACUACACUGGUUGCAAGGGCUAUUCUGCAAUGGUGUUAUGAACUGGGGGUUGGAAGACAGGAGGUAAUAGACGCAAAUGUGUCAAGUGUAGUCGCCUCAACUGUUUUUUUGGAACUGCAUUAUACUUUUAUCCGGCAUCCCUGUGAUUUAAUUGCAUGAGAAAAAACAAGUUUUAGACUUUUUCUAAGAUACUUAAGUUUUUAGUGAAUUUAAUAUAAAAAAAGUAAUAUAGCUUAAAAUAAAAAAAAGUUAAGUAAUUAUAUAAAAAAAAAUCUACUUGAAUACAAUUUGCAUUUUUUUCUCUGAACUUCUUAUAUAGUCUAUUUUUAAAAAUGAUUACGUUAAGAUUGGUUGGUUUAUUGGAAUAAAAUAUGAUUCAUUUUUUCAAUAUAAUGCAGGAAAAGAAAUAAUUAAAUAUAUAUAUCUACAUAAAGUUUCCAUUUCAAUAUCCGUUUAUAUAACGAAAACAAUGUUUCGAAAAUAAUUAAUUUAUUAAAUAAGUAGCUUAAAAAAUAAAGUAUAAUGGCAUAUACCAUUUUUAUUCCUUAAAAAUUUUGAGGUCAAAUCGUAAUUAAGCCUUAGAAAAAAAGUAUUUUUUGUUUGUACUUCAAUGAGAGAAUAGUGGUGAAAAAAACGAAGUGGGGCGGUUUGGUGGGAGGGGGGAGGUGGGGUGGGGCGGGAAGGGGGCUGGAAUGGAUAUGGCUUAUUUAUUUUUCACAAAAGGACAAUUUUGGAAAUAAUCUUAUCUCUUUAAAUCUUGGAACAUAUUUUAAUUUCCUUUAACAUUUUAGGUAGACUUAUUUGUUUUACUUUUAUUAAUAUCACAAACUCUUUUUUUUUUUAAAUGUAUUUAAAGAAAUCCUCUAAUUUUUCUAUAACAAUAAGUGAGAAUCAUCUAGUCGAGAAUCUAAUGAUAAAUCAACUUAAAGCUGGGUGAAUCCACACGUGUGUAGAUCCUAGGUCGUUUUUUUUUAAAUCUGUAAUUAACUGAUUAAGUAAUAAUGAAGUAAUGACUAUCCAAAUAGACUGGAGACUUAAUGAAGACUGUUCGUGUCAAUACUACACGUGUGGCUGUUACAUGCAUCUGGAGGUGCCACAGAUCUCACUCAAUAAAACAGGUAGGCAGGCCGAUUGCCUUAACUUUUUACUUCUUAGAUUUUAAGAAAAAUAUUUUAUUCUAUUUUUUUUAAGGCGUUAAUAAAUUUUGAAAAAAUGCCAUUAAAUUAUAAUAAUAAUAAAAGCCAUUAAAUUAUAAUAAUAAUAAAAGCCAUUAAAUUAUAAUAAUAAUAAAAGCCAUUAAAUACAAUAAUAAUAAAAGCCAUUAAAUUAUAAUAAUAAUAAAAGCCAUUAAAUUAUAAUAAUAAUAAAAGCCAUUAAAUUAUAACAAUAAUAAAAGCCAUUAAAUUAUAACAAUAAUAAAAGCCAUUAAAUUAUAACAAUAAUAAAAGCCUUAAUCAUAUAACAAUAGAAUGUUGGAUUUUUUUAAUUUUUAAUUUUUUAUUUAUCUGAAUCGAACAUUUCAAAAUGGAAGUGGUUUCAUCUGGAAACUACAGCUGUUUUGUUUGGUUUAUGUUUCGGUCACUCAAUACAUUUUAUAAACUUCCGAGACGACUGUGGAUUUAAAGUUAGUAUAAAUCUGAAAUUCUUCAUCAUGCUGUUGAAAAGUAUUCUUUUAUUUUUAUAAAAUAUCUAAUUUCAAUCAGUUUACAUAGAAUCUCACAGAAAUAAACGGAUUUGUUACAAAGUAACAGUAUACAGGAGUAAUACUGUAAUAAAAUGUCUUUUAAAUAAACAACAACAACAAAAAUACCAACAAAACAAGAACAACAUAAGUCUGCUUUUUUUUCUUCCAUUUUCUAGUCCGUCUGAGCGUGACAUACCUUGUGGAUGAAUUUGGAUUCGAAUUUCUCUUCACCCUGGACGAAACAAUAAUUUUUGACAAGAAGUUAUCAGGUUUGAACAACUUUUACAAAUUAUUUUUUUUUUCCCCUUUAAUUUUUCUCUCCGCCUGUGGAAUGUAAACAUCAGUUAGUUUGCUAAACAUCAAAGGCAUUAACGACAUUUGUUUAAAAGUUCUUUAAAUCAAGUUUCUAGGUGUUCGUUUUUUGUACGGAAGUUUUAUCUCGUUUUAUUGUGAGGAUUUAGGUCAAUGUUUGGUUUAGAAGAAGAUCUUAUUAUUACGCGGAUCCAUUCGGUCUUUCAAUAUGUAACUUCGUAAUUAAUUCACUGGAAUUAAAGCUGCUAAAGUGAUGCUCUCUCGUGGACGUAAAUAACAGGAUAAAAUUAAUUAAUAAUUUUUUUUUUUUAAAAAUGAAGUAAUAAUUUAAUUUCCUCUGAAAGUUGAGAAAAAUGUCACCAUUUUUUUCCCCAGAGAAAUAGCACAAAUUGUAUUUUUUUUAUAUUAAAUUCUCUUUUGAUUGCGUAUUUCUGGUUGGGUGGCCGGCCAAAUCUUCGGAAGGCUAAUUGACUCACUUACCGUCCACCUAUCGGGCUGAAACUUGUCACAUAGACUAGUUCCGAUGGCCGACUAGCAAUAUUUACAGAGAUGUUGUUGAUGGCGAGCAAUAAUUACUGAGAUGUUGUUGAUGACGAUCAAUAUUUACUGAAAUGUUGUUGAUGACCAGCAAUAUUUUCCGCUCAUCUUGUUUUUUUUUUUUUUUUUUUUUUUUUUUUUUUUUUUUUUUUUUUUUUUUUUUUUUUUUUUUUUUUUUUUAAAAAUAAAAAUUUUAAAAAAAAAAUUUUUUUUUAUUUUUUAAUUUUUUUUUUUUAAUUUUUUUUUUUGUUUUUUUUUUUUUUUUUUUUUUUUUUUUUUUUUUUUUUUUUUUUUUUUUUUUUUUUUUUUUGCAAUACUUAUUUUCCUUUAUUUUAUUAUACAAAAUAAAAAUUUCGAAAAACAAGUCUGCUUCAAUUUUAUAAAUUUUCGUUUGUAAAUUUUUCUUCUUUAAAGUGAAAAACCCACCUUCACUCUGCUCGGACAUUUCCUUUGUCCACCCUGAGGCCGUACUAUGUAUUAUUUUCCACGACCUGGAUUAUAAGGACAAUCACUUCACAGGCUGCGUGGCGGUCGAGGCUGGGCACCAAUUGAUUGAUGAAACAUUUGAGUUGGGCUGUUUCAAUAUACCCACAAUUUUUCUACUUUAAAGAAAACAAAACACAAAGCUGUUUUUCCUUUGACCACAAAGUUUGCAGUGGGCAGGCAAUCAGCACGAAGGGCC